AUGUCUGUCGAAAGCGCGUCCGGAAACGAAAAGUUUUCCCUCACCUCCUCCGAGGAUAGGGAGAGCUACGGUCUCCUGCAUGACGGCACCCGGUUCCGCGUUCCGGACACCAUGUCAGUGGUGGACGCACUCUUGACACCCAAGUCGUGGCGGAGUCCGGCGACACUCAUCUGGAUCGCGUCCUGGUUCGCUGUUGGGAUGACGGGGCUGCUCUACUUCACCCACGGGCUGUCUUUGUGGUUCUUCUGCGCUCAGUUUGCCUUCUGGCGGCUCGCGUACAACAUUGGGAUCGGCGCCAUUCUGCACUACCACUCGCGGUACGGCUCUUUCCUUAAGUUCUACCGUCGCAUUGUCAGCGACUACCCGGUGACUCGACGUCUUCUGGAGGCGUCCGUUGUCUUCCAGGACAACACGGAGUACAAGGUGUCCAGUUUUCCGGACGAGUUCAACGCCUGGAUGCUGUUCCGCCAGAUUGAAAACGUCAUUCUCGCCAACGACCUUGUCUCGUACUGGGUGCUUUCGGUUGUCUGCUGGGAGAAGAUGAGCCUCAGAUCGCCCGUGGACAUUGCCUGCUUCGUAUUUGGCUGCGCCUCCAUCGCGUUUGCACUCUGGAGCAAGUUCGACGCGCACCGCGUCAUUGGCGACUUCGCCUGGUACUGGGGCGACUUUUUCUUUCUCCUCGACAAAAACCUCACCUUCGACGGCAUCUUCCAGAUGUUCCCACACCCGAUGUAUACGGUCGGCUACGCCUUCAUGUAUGGCGUGCCAGUCAUGACCAAGUCCUACACACUCUUCUACAUGAGCGUCUUUGGGCACCUGUGCCAGCUGGCGUUCUUGGCGUUUGUGGAGAACCCGCACAUUGACCGCACCUAUAACGUACUGUCGUCACCGACGCCGGAGGAGCAGCAGCGGCAUGCGGUGCUGUACGGGAACGGCGGUGAGGCCUACCUGGAGCGCAAUGAGCUUGUGGUGCUCAUGCACUUCAACAUUUUCCGCGCCAGUGACCUCCUUCUAGCCUUGACGAUCAUCUAUCUGCUGGCGACGCUGCUGCUGCCCCUCCCAGCGUGGGUCUACGCGGUUCACGUGAUGGCCUGGAGACUCUUCCACAACGGCUUUCUCGGCUACCUGCUGAAGCGGGAGUCGUGCGAGAAGUGGUUCUCCCGAAACUACGCCUCGCCACAGGGCGCCUUCAACAACUGGAAGCGCAUCUACAACGCGAGUGUCACAAUCACAAACCUGUCCUACUGCCUCUGCGCCGUCAAGUACUUCACCUGGGCGAUGCCGCUUUUCGGCAGUGGCGAGGCACGAUGCUUCGUGUUGAUCGUCGGCACGCUUCUUGUCGGCAUCAACGCGUACGUGAGCUGGAGCAUAUACGAGGCCAUUGGUGACUACGGCUACUUCUACGGUGACUUCUUCAUCGAGAACGUUCCGGCGAAGCUGAACUACAGCGGCAUCUACCGCUAUCUAAACAACCCUGACUCGUCGCUCGGAAUGUCAGCCUACUACGGCAUCGCGCUGUUGUCCGGCAGCCCGGUGGUGCUGGUGGUGGCUAUGAUGUCCCACGCGGCUGCGAAGAUCUUUGAGGCUGUCGUUGAGGAACCACACAUGCGCAAGCGCUACGGUGACCAAGUUCGCGAGGCUGGCGGGAUGCAAGCGGAGUUUGUGCGGCGCAUGAAGGUGUCGAAGGCGGAGUACGACAAGAAGAUGCGCGCCAUAAAGGCAAAACUGGACUGUCGCAAGAAACAGUGA